AUGGCAGCAUCCGCUGCUGCAACGAGAUCACCGGAGCGGACAAUGCAGCGUGUCGUGGCGACAACGCCGUUAGGAGAUGCGACAAAUAGGGGGAUGACAUCUUCAUCCUCACAUUACCUCGGCUCACCCAGUAUGAAGGCUGUCCAACUCGACGAUGUGGAGCUUUCACCUCGACUAAGAGCCAGCCCACAGAAGGAGAAGAUGCGAUGGAAGCACGCGAUGGAGCCGGCAGAAGAAGCGACGCUGGACUGUCUGAGUGAUUGCUCCACCAUCAGCGCGCCAUCAUCGUCAUCACACUCGCUGGUAGGCGAGGAGCUGGCGGAGAACGAAGAUAACGGAGAGGAGGACGACGAUGCCGCUCUCUUCUCCGAUCCAUCCAACGAGAGUCUAAGAGCCAGGUCGGAUGGAGGGCCGGGCCGAAAGAGGGAGAGGAACGGGGCGAAAAAGGUGAUCCCGGUGUUUUUUGGAACCCCAUCCAAGGAUGAGCACGAGAGACGUGCCAAAUACAACAAUCUCAACAGGAGGCUUUUGAGGACGGACAGCUUAGACCUGGCAAGAAGAAGGAGCGUGGGGCCGUCUCAGAAUGUACCAGAGGUGGGUCCGGUGCCGUCGUCAGAAAGUGUCGGACCGGCCUGCGAAUCGUCGGCAGUGUCGGAGGAAAGCAUUGAGGGCCACCUCGCUGGACCAAGCAAUCAUCAACGUCAAGACGAAGAGCCUCUCGAGGAUCUCGAUGGAGACGUAGAUGUCGUGAUCUUCAGGGAGGAGAAGGAAGUGGAAACGUCGAAUGAAGGUGCGGUGGGAUCGAUAAUCUCAGAGGUCAAUUCUGCGCAGGAAACCGGUUCGUCCAUCGUGCGACACUCGCCCGAGAAGCAUAAUCCCCUCGAGACCAUCCUGCAGAACGGUCAUUUGACGUCUGCGACCUCGCUCUCGACAUCGCCGCGCAAAUCGCCCAGAAGAUCUCCGCACAAGUCCCCACACAGAUCUUCGCACAGAUCGUCACCGGCGAAAUCUCCAUCUAAGCGGUCACCGAGGAAAGAGGGGAGACCGGAGGAAGGCGCUCCUUCAACGCCGACUGUGCGCGAUAUGUUGAAAAGCUGGGCAGCGACAAUCGUUCAAUCCCCGACCAGAAGCUCGACAAAGACGAGCCCGAAGAAAGAGGAACACACCGAGCUUCAAUCUAACACAGUACAUUUGCUAGAGUUGGCGCGGCAGGUUCCCCUUCCCGAAUCGCCGGAAAAGCCUAGCAAUGGCGUCGUUGAGGGCCAAGUGAUGGAGGAGCUACCAAUGGCAAAGGGCGUUGGGAUGGCGAACUUCAAGGCACCGCUAGGAGUAGCAUCGGUCAGGAGAACAGCGUCUCGCUCUUCGGCAGGGCCGUCCGCAAGGCUGGCAUCGGCCAUGAGCAGCAGAAGUGUUCCAGUCGCAGGAGAUGCCCCCAAACCUGCGACAGCGAAAGAAAUAACAAAGCCAAGCAAUACAGUCAAUGCUAGGCUCGCUUCGAAGCUGCCGGUACCUGCGUCGCAAGCAGUCAAGCGAUCAGGUAUCCCAGUCGGUCGCCCACCUUCCUCCUUGUCCACCAGCGGAUCGUCCUCGGGUUCAUCUAUGUCAAGCAUCAAGACCAGUCACCCCGCUCCUGCCAGCGCACCCGGCUUUUCAUCUUCGUCUCGAGGUGGUUCUUCCGCGGAUGCCGAAGUGGGCUCUAGCAAAGGGACAAUGCAAGCACCGGCCAAAUCAAAAACGCCAUUGCAACGGCCAAAGUCAACACUUGCAUUUAGAGAGCGUGUUGCAAUGGUACGAGGAGGCGCAAGCAAUCCUCAGGACCGCGACAUCAAGCACAACGGGCCGUUCCCUCCCUCUCAUAAGCCAGCGCUCCAUACACAAGCUCGCGAACGACCGCAUGAGACACCUUUGAAGGAGCAGCAACGUUCGGUCCUUUCCGCCUCAGCUUCUCAGGUCGAACAGCUGCUGGGAGGAGGCAUGCCUGUCAACUCGUCGUCUCCGAAACCUCUUUCAAGACCAACGGCGGCACGCGAUCCCAGAAUUGCCCAUACGAAGCCUGCUACUAGAGUGUGGGACAGUCCGGCAAAGAAGGUCGAUGCUCGCUCGCCCCAACGCAGAACUCCCAAGGCCACAUCUCCUGUUCGAUCCAUGCGUCCACCUCCGCCGCAUAACGCCCCUGCAGCUACGCCGACAACGACCACCGCUCCUUCCCUUCCAUUCAGCUCAGGCAGCGGUCGAGCAAGGCGCGUGCUCGUCAAUUCGUCGGAGCCAGCUUCCUCGCCUCCUAGAGCCGCUGCUCGAAUCACAUUCGAUAGUCAUGAAGGAACACGAGCCCUCCCACGUAUAGGUCAGACAUCGAGGACGACAAAUGGGUCAGAAUUUGCCGCAAUUGGCUCCGGAAAGGGCGAUGACGAUGCGAUCGCGCCGAUGGAGAACGAAAUGCAAGUAGAGAGGGCAUUCCUUCGUACGGAUGAGCGGCAAUUGGGUCACGCGAUGGCGGAGGAGCCUGUGAUGAGGAUCGAGAAGGAUGAUGGAGGUGCGGCUCAUGAGGCGCAGCCAGAGGCUGCACCGUCGGAACUGGCCUCUGUCGUGCCCAUGCCAGCUCCACAUCAGAGCAGGCCUCACCGACAAGCCCGUAUUGUUCCUCAGAGGAAUUCUUCGAAGACAACCAUCUUCGCCGUUCCUACGCCUUCGUUGGCCUCUACCCGACCUUUAUCGCAAGCUGAGUGGAGCCAAAAGACAAAGGCGAACACACGACGGAAUGAGGUAUCUGUCAUUGCGAUCGACAAGAUCACGAUUCGAAGGCCUGGCGAGCGGCCUCCGAGUCCUUCGAGCAAGUUUCUCAAGGCCCAGAGCCCGGGAGAGGAGCUGGUCAACAGCAAACGAUUUGCGGGCAGUGAUGACGAGGACUUGAGCGACGAUGAUUCGACUGAGGAGAUUGAGAAUCACCUUUCCAGCGUCAGUCGUCACCGCCGGCGAGCGGGUGAAGAGGAUCGAUACGAGACGCCUCCUCGCAUUCGCUUCGCGCCAUCCGGGUGCAAGGCUGUGCGAUGGCAGAAGCAGCUCUUUCAAGGGCCUUGCUCUUCCUCCUCUUCGUCUUCGAUCGGCUCAGUAAAGAGCUGCUUGGCCCCAAAGACGUACAAUCUGGACAGAUUUGGAAACGUGGUUGGGGCAGACCAACCUCUCCCCUCUCGAAUCAUUGCAAAGCAGAAGGUCACUGUGCAUCGGAUCGUCUACGACGGCGAAGACGAGGAAUAG